UAGCUCUCAGGUGUUCCAAACAACCGCUGGAAUCUCGUCGACAGAAUAUGCAUUGAUCGCUACCGUCCUGUAUAUUAUGAUACUGAUCGACUGUUGAAUUGUAUUAUGAUCGCUCUGGGCCUUGGAUGAUUACUUACUCUCGAGCCAACGAGAGUCUGACCUGCGGCUUUCCCCGGCUGUAUCUUAUCUUCACCCUUUCGUUUAUCUUCAGAUCCGCCUCGUGUUUGCGUGGUUCUGUUUCCCCUCAUAUAUCAAAUAUCUAUUCUUUCCAGCACUGCCGAGAUGUAGGACAUGCACUUCCGGGGCAUCUGCGAGGCUUCCGCUACGAGUUUCAACCCGUUAGGCGCCGGCUGCCACAAAAUACUCACCCCAUCUCUGUCCUUCGUGUGCUGGACAUGCGAGCUCUUCCUCAAUCCAUCUCAUGUUGCCUAUGCUUUCGUCUGUUCAGACAUCUCCCGACUCUCCUAACCACAGAGAUUUCAAGCUCGACGACAUCGAUGUCCUCGGUAGCGUUCCUUCCAGACGUUCUGCCAACUUUGCGUCGCCUGGCGUCAUCGACGAAAUGCCAUUAAACCCGGAUCAUCACUUUAAUCAUCAUGAGUCCACGUUGAGUACUACCGCCAGGGUGCCUGUGAAAUGUAAUUGACCAUCCCAUUGAGGGCGUUAUCACCCUCCUCGGCUGUGAUUAGAUUCACCUCUUGCAGCAUCGUAACUACAUCUCGCACGCGCAUGUUCAACUCCCUUCCCGUCGUCAUGAACGAUGUGACAGCUAGCCGCC